GGAAUUUUAGUUUCCAAGUUAUUUCUGUCUCUUUCUUUUCCCUCUCCUUUUCUUUCUCCCUCUCUCUUAUUUACUUGGAGGUUUUUAAUGGGUCGGUUUGUGUCGUUGAGGUAUUCAUUCUUAUUUUCUCAUCUCUUUCUCUUUCACUCUUCUAAAAUGUGAAUUUCGUCAAUUUCUUUUAUCAAUUUUCACACUCUUUUCUCUAUUUUUUUGGAUCAUUAUAAGCUUAAUUAACUCUUAGGAAUACCAUUUUCUAUUUCUUCCAAAUUCCCCAAAACAACCCACAAAAAACAGAAUUUAUUCUUCUGUACUAAUAUAUACUAGUAAUCUAGUAUAAUCCUAUUGAUUUGAUUCCCAAUUAUCUGAAUUUUCAACUGGAUGAGGGGUGGAUUGAGUGCGAUCCAGCAAACCCUAACGCCGGAAGCGGCCACUGUUUUGAGCCAUUCGAUUUCUGAAGCUGGCCGUAGAAAUCAUGGUCAAACGACGCCGUUACAUGUGGCUGCUACUUUAUUGGCUUCGCCUACUGGGUUUCUUCGACAAGCUUGUAUUCGUUCUCACCCCAAUUCUUCUCACCCACUUCAGUGUCGGGCUUUAGAGCUUUGUUUUAGUGUUGCUUUAGAGCGGUUACCCACGUCUCAAACUGGUGGUGGUGGGUCGGGUACAGAACCACCUAUUUCUAAUGCUCUUAUGGCGGCUUUAAAACGGGCUCAGGCCCAUCAGAGAAGAGGGUGUCCUGAACAGCAACAACAGCCUUUGUUGGCGGUGAAGGUUGAAUUGGAACAGUUGAUUAUAUCUAUACUUGAUGACCCGAGUGUUAGUCGGGUCAUGCGGGAAGCUUCGUUUUCAAGCCCGGCGGUGAAGGCUGCUAUUGAGCAGGUUGUUAGCGCACAACCCAAUUCCGGAAAUGGUGGUGCAGGGCCCAGAAUUGGAGUGGGGUUCCGACCCGGACCCGGACACGGACCCGGUCCAUCUCCUCCAGGUGCUGCGCUUCCACGGAAUUUGUAUUUAAAUCCGAAGUUACAACAACAACAACAGCAACAAUUGCAAGGAAAAGGGGAUGAUGUAAAAAAAGUGAUUGAUAUAUUACUAAAACCCAGGAAGAGAAACCCGAUUUUAGUAGGCGAAUCCGGACCUGAAGAUGUUGUAAAGGAAAUAAUUAGAAGAAUCGAGAAAGAUGAAAUACGCGACGAGAUAUUGAAAGGGGUAGAAGUAAUUUCAGCAGAGAAAGAGCUUGGUUCAGAUCGUGCACAAAUGGUUGCCAAGCUAAAGGAAAUGGUGGCAUUAAUAGAGAGAAAAAUGGUGGUUAAUUCUAAAGGAGGAAAUGGAGUAAUUGUUGAUUUGGGUGACUUGAAAUGGCUGGUUGAUCAGACUUCUAAUCAAGGGAUUUCUGAGACAGCUCAAAUGGUAGUCUGUGAGAUGGGGAAGAUUUUGAAUAAAUUUGGGGAAGGGAGUAAACUAUGGUAUAUGGGAAUUGCUACUUGUGAGACUUAUUUAAGAUGCAAGGUUUAUCAUUCUUCAAUGGAGGAUGAAUGGGAUCUUCAUGUUGUUUCUAUUGUGGCUAAACCCCCUAUUUCUGGGAUCUUUCCUAGAUUGGGAUCUAAUGGAGGAAUUUUAAGCAGUUCUGUUGAGUGCUUAAGCCCAAUGAAAAGUUUUUCGAUGCAUACGCCUUCUUUAAGUGGGCGGAUGUUCGAGAAUUUGGAUCCUUCUAAAAAAUUUAGCUGCUGUCCGCAGUGUACAGAGAAGUAUGAGGAGGAACUUGCAAAAGUAGUAGCAGGACAAACAGAGAAACCGUCCUCUGAAGUUAAAUCAGAUGCAAAUCAACAGUCGUUACCUCAAUGGUUACAGACUGCGAAACGAAAUACUAGUGAUAUCAUUCAGAAUAAGGAACAAGAUGUGAGUUCGAGGCAAAAAACACAAGAAUUGCAGAAGAAAUGGGGCGAAUCAUGCUUACGGUUACAUCCUAGUUUUCAUAAUAUGGGCUCAGAGAGAAUCACUCCAUCACCCCUCUCGAUGACGGGCUUGUACAAUCCACAAUUACUUGCGCGUCAACCUAUUCAACCGAAAUCACAGCAACCACCUAGAGUCCUUGGAGACAGGUUACAGCUCAAGCUUAGUUCUCCUGUAAUCCAUCAACUGAAUGCUGAAAAACCUGCCAGCAAGCCAGGGAGCCCGGUGAGAACAGAGCUUGUUCUAGGUCCGACAAAGAUUAGUUCGGGUACCGACUCGGAUUGUGUCCAAAAGGGCCUUAAGGACUUCCUGGGUUGUAUUUCGUCGGAAUCAACUGACAAGCCGUUCACUGCUAUCCCCGAAGAUGUAGACUCAUACAAGAGGCUGCUCAAAGGUCUCAUAGGAAAAGUAUGGUGGCAAACGGAUGCUGCGUCUGCUGUAGCUGCGGCUGUGACGCAGUGUAGAUUGGGGAAUGGAAAACGACGUGUUGGUGGAUCAAAGGGUGACAUAUGGCUACUUUUCUCGGGUCCUGAUAGGACGGGAAAAAAGAAGAUGGCCGCUGCGUUAUCUGACCUUGUGUGUGGCAUAAGUCCUGUCAUAAUUUCGCUUGGUUGUAGACGUGAAGAUGAAACCGAUUUGAAUUUCCGUGGUAAAACUGUGAUCAAUAGAAUCGUGGAGGCAGUUAGAAGGAAUCCAUUUUCAGUUGUAAUGCUGCAAGAUAUUGACGAAGCCGAUUUGCUUGUCCGAGGAGGCAUCAAACGCGCGAUGGAAAGGGGAAGGAUUUCCGAUUCCCAUGGCCGAGAAAUCAGCCUAGGGAACGUCAUUUUCAUUGUUACGUCGAAUUGGGUACCGGAUCAGCUGAGGAGCUUAUCAGACGGUGUGGUUACUCUCAGUGAAGAGAAGAUGACCUCCUUAGCUAGCGGUGGAUGGCAGUUGAGAAUCUCGAUAAGCGAGAAGCCCACAAGUACAACGAAAAGAUCGCCCAGCUGGAUGAAUGACGAUGAUCAAGAUAGAGUGGUAAAGCAAAGGAAGGACGAAGCCGGUGCAGGACUCGCAUUUGAUCUCAAUCAAAUGGCCGACAUAGACGAUGACCGACUCGACAACUCCUACAACUCGAGCGAUAUCACAGUCGAACACGAGGAGGAGAACAAGGGAUCGCCCACAACCUCAUCGGCAGCGCCCAAAGAGCUUCUAACUUCAAUUGAUGAGGUUAUUUUCUUCAAAGUAGUGGACUUUAAGCUAAUCAGGCAAAACAUUAAAAGGUCUAUAUUAUCAAAAUUCUCUAAAAUUAUAGGACAAAAUUUGUGUAUCAAGAUUGAGAAUGAAGCCCUUGAGAAGAUCUUAAGUGGAAUUUGGUUAGGACAAACCACAUUAGACACUUGGUCAGAAAAGGCCUUAGUACCAACCAUUCAUCAAAUCAAAACGAGAUAUCCCUCGUUACCCGCUCAUCUUUCCGAGGGUAAAUUGGUUGCUCGACUCGAGUUGGAUCAAGAAUCAGAGAGCCGGAAUCACGGAGAUUGGCUACCUGGAAGAAUCUCGGUGGUCGCGGAUGCACAAUAAUGUUGAAAUACAUGUCAAAAUGGUUUAUGGUGUGUGUAGGGAAAUUGUAUAUUGUAUAUAUACUUGAAAAGUUGGUGUUCUAGAGGAUAUAUUGUGGGCAUUGUUGUGUAUGUAGGAGAAAAUACGUUUCGAGAGAAGACCAGACCACAUCAGGGCAUAAAUACUAUAGAUGAUCAAAAGAUAAUCUUUAGUAAAUUAGUACUAAACUACAUGGUCUCUCAUUAUUAUUUAAUUUUUCUUUUUUAUGUUUUUUUUUGUUUACGUAAUUUUAAUUUUUCACAUAUAUAAUAUAAAGUCCGUUGAUUAUAUUAUGUCACAGAAACAUAUGAUAUGAUUAAAUUAAUAAGAUGAGGUAUUCCUCACUUUGACUAGCA